GGCUGUUUCACAAUUUGGUCGAGCUUCCCCGUUUGAGGGCUGUUAAUAGGGUUCCUUUUGGCCUCGUCUAGGCUUCGGUUUUGCUCUCUUCAUCAUCAGCAUCAUCACCAACAUGGCGUGCCACCAAUCUCACAACAUUCCGUGGUCCACGCUCGCCUCCCACUUUCGAUAUUCGCCAUGCAUUCGCUAUUACGACGGCCGGGCCGACCUGGUCCCUAAGUUCAAGGAAAGCCAGGGCAAAGAGAUUCACUAUUUCCUUGGCGCCCUCGCUAAGACCAUUGCAGCGCACGCUGUCGAUGAGCUUGCCCGCCACCCCGAGAGGGUCGAGCCGUUGCAACCAGAAGCCACAAUCCUGAGCAGCAAUGUGGUCAAGCGUAUCACGCCUUCCCUUCUCCAUAUCACCAAGGAUUUGACGAUACACGGAUAUUCGGCUUCUGCUCCCGAGGAGCUUGGACGCCUGCAUUCCAAGCUUACCAAAACCAAUGCCUACCUCCACGCACGAGCACACUCUCCCUGGAACGCGUGGGACGGGCCGGAAGCCUUCGCCAGCAUCGAGAUCUUCAAACUGCUCAUUAUCUACGGCGAGAUGGAUACGCUGCAGCACAUUUGUCAGCACCCACAGGCCGCCUGGACUGAGUGCUGGGAUAGGCACCGCGAUUCGUUCGGCGACCAGAACACGUGCGGCUGGGCCUUCGUGCCGCGCCUCGCGCUCAAGGCCUACCUCGGCCUGAACCUGAUCCUCUGCUUCCCCGCGCUGUGGGACAACGGUAGCGGCCGGUCGGGCGAAUCGGAUUACCGCAGAACCGCUUGCUACCAGCGCACGGUCCGCGACUGCACAAAGGCUGAGCUCUCGCAUAACAUCGCCGCCCUCCCGCACCGCCAGUUUUUCGGCGUCCCGGAGAAGCAGUUCGGGUGGUAUGCCAUAUCCCGCCAGGACAGGAAGCACGCGUACCUUUUCGACAAAGACGUUGUUAAAGGCGGCUAUCCGUACGGUGUGCUGCCUUAUAUGGACUUUCUUGGGCUCGAAACCGAGGUGGUGCACAUGCCCAGCGUUUCGGACGUCAUGCAUGUCCGCUGGUGCCUGUGCAGCCUGGCCCUGCCGACGGAGCUGGUGACGGAAAUUAUGGACCUGGCAGGGUACCGGCCGGCGAGGCGGCUCCAGGUCCCCCACGAUCCGCUGCACCCGGCCAACCGGAAGGAGCUACGUCGGUACCUCAACUUUUGCUUCAGGAUACUGGUCCGGUGCGAUGUCAUGAGCAGGUGGCUCGACGGCGAGAUACCCUGGGACAGGCUUGCGGCGGAGGCACUGGUCGACCUGCUGGGCGACGGCGAGAGCCGACACACCGCCAAGCACGGGAGGCGCUUCUUCGAAAGGACGUACCCGGUUCCGGAGAGGGAAGGCUUCACAACGCUGGAUGUCCAUGACAUUACCUUCUUGUAGGAGCAUGAUAUAGGCAUGGUGCACUAGGUAGCGAUUCGCGCCUCCUAGAGGGAUCGCGACGUACAAGCUCCGUGUUCUACCUCCGGCUUAUUUGGAGAAAGCUCAGCCUAACGCGGGCGGCAACCGAGGCAAGAACUUUCCGGGAUUAGGAGGUCCCCAAGGUAGUCGCUGAUAAAUCGACGAAACAACAAGUACCGAAAGGAAAGAACGCGCGAAUCCUUGGGUAGCGGGAAGACGGGACUGCCGGGUUGUCGCCCCCUCCGCGAGAUUUUCAGUAGUUUUGUACCAGAGCCGGUUAUUACCGCUUGGGAAAGGGCGAGAACACCCUCCCACUCCCCAAGGAAAAACAAGCAUGAACCAAUGCAUUCUUUUCGGCAGCAAUGCUCAUCGGGCUGACGACUGCCCCGCCUCCUCCUCCUCCUUCCAUUUAAGACGAUCCCAGCGGGGGCUUGAGGGG